CGAGAAACAUCAAGAUGGCGAUGAUCAUUCUUUCGGUUCCUGCCCUCCUGGUUUUCGCCAUCGGAGUUGCCACCUUUGAUCACUGGGUGAACAUGGCGAACGUUCCGGAUGACGAGCUGGAGGAAAUGCGGGAGGCGAGCUUGUUUCCGGCUCGGCGUAUUCGGGACUCUUCUUGCUGCCGGUCCAACACCAACUACAUGAACCUUGGAGAAGACAGCCAUCCUAGUAUUCUCGUGAACAACACUUGCGUCAGCAAACUGUGCAGUGAUGGAUUCAACCAGUGCGAAGAGCUGUACUACACUCUCAACGUUACGGUGUUCAGAGAUAACGAGGAAUAUCCGGGUCAAAAUUCGCUGUCAGAAUCAAAUCCAUGCUCGAGAGUAUGGCACCGUGUAGAAAAGAAAGUCUCAGUCGCCUGCAUACCUGUCCAAGUGAGGACGCAAUCUAAGCAGAAACGGAUUUUUGAACGAUAUUAAAUGUACACUCUUCAAUUUAUGAAAAUCAGAACUUCACCCUUUAUCGACUGUAGGUAAAUCUGUGUUUGAGA